AUGGCAAACCUGACUAGUUAUACGCCUGGGCCGAAUAUCAAUCUGGUGAAGACAGAAGUCAAAGGGUAUCCACCUGUACAAGAAGUCAUAUAUGAGACUCAAGUCCUUAAAAUCCUCUUUUUGAACAUCAGUUCAUCCAUUGUGAUGGAGCUUUCGAACAGAAGUCAGUUCGAGAUGCCUAUUGGAUUGUACAAGAUUGGAACUUGUCAGAUAAUUAUGGAGAAGGAUAAUGGAGACUUGAUGCUGUAUAGUGGGUGGGGUUGA